AUGCAUCAACCAAUUCUCCUCAGCGCAUUCAUAGGCAUUGCAUCCUCUCUCCGUCUCAAUGCCCCCAUAGCAAACGAAAGAGGCUUCACCAUCGCCCAACCAGGCAGCAUCAAAAAUGUCGUCGUAACAAGCUCCAACACCCUCAACAGCACUCACCACAACACCCUAUCCAAAACAAAGCUACAUGGCUGGAACGACACCAUCAGCACUCACAGUCUAUCACUCGAACUCUACAACAACUACAACGGCGGUCCAAUCAACGCCUACAUCCAAGGCCUCGACUCCAACGGCGCCAUCGUCUUCAUCACCUCAAACGGCACCCUCAUCUACCCCCGCUCCAACAACUCCUCCUCCCCCAUCGAGAUCAAAGACAAUCUCGCCAUUCCCCUCCGCCCAAAAGGCCAAUCUCUCACCCUCAACAUCACCAUAUCCCUCACCUCAGGCAGAGUCUACUUCUCCGAAGGCAACCUUAGAUUCUUCAUGAUCAACCUCGGCGCAGGCGACGGCCUCGUCCAACCCUCGGUCAACAACCUCCACGACCCAAGCGCCUCCCUCAACUGGGGCUUCAUCGAGCUCACGUUUCUCAAAAACGGCGCUCUGUACGCAAACAUCAGCUACGUCGACUUUGUCGGCCUCAUCCUCAGCAUGAUGCUCUCCACCAAAAACGGCGGCACGCCCCAAAUCACACGAGGUCUCAGAGCGAAUGCUGUCUACGAUCUCUGCGAAGGGUUGUUCAACCAAACCACCAACGACGGCUAUCUCUGGCUCGCAAUGUGCGUCGUCGGCAAGACUGGCGAUCCAGUGCGGGUGCUCUCGCCGAACUACUACCAGCGCGUCUACGCAGCUGAUUUUGAAGACUACUGGCAAGACUACGUCGAUACGGUAUGGGAGUAUUACUCGUCUCAUACUCUUGCGAUCGACACACAGACACCGCUCGGCGAAGUCAAAUGUCAAGUCACAAACGACACUCUGUUCUGCGACGAGGAUAAUCGCGGGUAUGCUAAACCCACAGCCUCCGACAUCUGGGGCUGCAACAGCGGCCCAUUCGGCCUGCAAGAAGGCGAUAAUCCCGUCCACGUCGCUGUGAUUCCCCGUCUUUGCGCUGCAUUUGUCCGGUCCACGCUGCUCAUUCAGGGGGGAGACGUGCAACCCAGACUGAACUCGUCGUAUCACUACUCAGUCAGUCCAACGCACCAUUAUAGUCGCCUCGUGCAUGAGCUGCAGGUAGAUGGGAGAGGUUACGCAUUUUCGUACGAUGAUGUCAAUCCCAAUGGGCAUGAGGAUGUUUCCGGGCUUGUUUCUUCUGGGAAUCCAGAUACUUUGACGGUUUAUGUUGGCGGGCCGCCGCCAAACUGA